AUGCGCGGCGUGGCCAUCGCCUUUGCGCUUCUGAUUUCUGGGGUCAGCUGCUUGUCGCUGAAGGAGGGCGACUUCAUCCACGACUUCCUCGCCAAGUACAAGGACCCGCAGAUACAGCCGUGCGACGACUUUUACCGUCAUCAACACCCGAAGGACGCGUAUGGCAUGGUGUUGGAGCAGGUGACGAAGAACUACCAGCGAGCCGUCGAGGAGGCGCUUAGGGGUUGGGCAUCCGUCCAGAACAUGCUGAAGGUGGCCGGACUGAUCCAAAAUGGCCAACAAUUCGUGCAAGGGCUCGACGCAAAUAAGCUGCAGUCGACGGCCGGGGCGUUGCGGACGAGGAUUCUGAGCGGAUUGAAAGACGCCAAAUUGAAGCAGAAGUUCAAGGAUGACCGCGUGCACGGCAACUGGACGGCAAUUUUGGAUAAAGCCCAAUUCCAACUUGGCGUCGGCGACAUGAGCGCGGCGGAUCAGCUGCUGGACACGUACGACGGGGCCGACUGGGCCUACAAACAAUACCUGGCUGACACGAAGAGCCCGCCGUUUGGCAACGGUGACGACGUGGCGGCCCGAUUCGACGAGUUCAUCAUGUUCUACGACACGACGAUCAGCCCCCGUCUCGCCCCGCAUGUCAAGCGCUUCUUCCAGCUGCUGGCCGGCUUCGACACCGUGACGUCGCACUACGACAACAAAACGGUCGUCGUCCCGCCGGCUGUGCUCGCCACCCUCUACGCCAAUCCGAAGCACCAUGCUGCUUCUUUUUAUGCCAUUUUCGCCACCGAAACCGCCAAGGAGGUGCUAAAGAUGCUGUUCAAGUCGGUGGACAGCACGCAGAAGGACGGGCAGCCGCUCCACUUCCGCGAAUGUAUGCGCCACUACUUCAGGGAGGCCUGCAUUCUCUGGCGCGCCGACUGCGCCUGCACCCGGUACGUUCCUGAGGGCCAAAGCAUGUCCUUGUCUUCAAAAUGCCCCUACAUCUCGACCAGCGGCACCUUCGAGUACAUGGCGUGGAAGGAGGCGCUGCGCCUCGCUUGGGAGCUGUUCGAGAAGGAGAAGCCGGGAGCGGCCGAGGACGUCUACCCGGAUCUGAAAAUCAACAGCCACCAGCUCUUCUACUACUCCCACGCUGUCAACCACUGCCUCGCCUUCCCUAUCAGCCUUGAAGUUGGAGCAGGCCGCACGGCGAAGGGCAUCGGCCGUGGGCUGAAGAUAAACGCUGCGAUCGGGGCCGACCCCAACUUUGCCAAGGCGUUCAACUGCAAGCCUAGGGACAAAUGGCGCAGG